AUGCAGAAUGGGUACCGACAUUCUCACAGAGAAUCGAAGGCCCAUCACAAAUCAAUGAACAGUCCACGUCACGAUAGAACGCCUACUCGAGAUAGUUCUUUUUUAUCAUCAAAAAGGAGCUCAUCAAGGACGCGGGAUGAGGUGAAGGUUGCUCAGAAUAAUUGAAAAUUGUCAUAAUUUAAAUUGAAGGACUCUAAAAGCAAAGAGGAAGUAUCGCCACGUAAAAAAGCAUACCUAAAAGCCGAAAAAAGAAGACUUCGAAGACAAGCAGCGGUGAGCCUGAUCUGCUUUAGUUUUAUAAACUUCAUUGGUUUUGAAGAAAUUGAAGAAGAAAAAUAAUGCAGAGGAAAACGGAGAGGAAGAGAAGGAUGAGCCGAAGGCGGAAAGUCUGUUAUUUUGCGCACAAAAAUUGAGAAAAAGUUUUUCAGCGGACCCAGUUAUAACCGAAAAACAUUAUGAAGUCGAUUAUUUGGUGGAUGACGAUGAUACAGAUGUUGAGCAAAUGAAGGUUGUCGUUCAUUUGGACCUUCUCAUGAAUACCAAAUUCUUUUUAGAUCCCAAAAUCACAAAGGGUUGUUUGCUGGGCCAAAGAUGCCGAAAAACAUUUACUCGUAAUCUUUUUUGAUUUCUGUAAAUUGAGAUAAUUAUAUUUCUAGAAUAAAGCCAGAACUACUACGAGUCGAAUUUACGGGGAAUUUUAUGAAAAAGUGCUGAAACCGAUGAAAGAGGCCAGGAAAACUCAGGUGAGAUUUUGAUAAAUGAACGCAUCUUGAACGAAAAUUUUCAUUGAAAUGUAUUACUUUUGAUCGAAAUCGAAUUACACUAAAAGAAAGGGGGUAAAAUAGGAAAGACAAAAAAAGCUUGAAUCCCUUUGUCUUCCUUUUUUUCCUUCUCUUUUUGAAAUUUCAUUUAGGUGAACCCGGAACGUCCUCCAACGCCCCCGAUGCACGCCAAGUGCGGCUGCGGCAAAGAUUCCGAUUCAGAAGAAGUUUCUUCCGAAUCAGAAGAGGAGGAGGAGGAAAACGGACAGGAGAAUCCUCCCAAGAACGUCUUCGAUCCGAACAUGACUGCGGAUCAAAUGGCCGCGCUGACGGACAAGCAAAAGGCUCAGUUGUAUCUUCAGCGCGAGGUGGGAAACGCUAAGAGAAAUAUGUUGAAAAAAUGAGAGAUUUUUGUUCACUAGGGAAUGUUCUCAGCUCAAAAUGGGACUUCUGAAAAAGAAUAUAUCUAGGUUUUCUGGGGUUUUUUAAUAAAAGUUGAUCUACACACACACCAAAAAUGAGCUCAAUCGGAAACAUCGAUUUUGAUACUUUCAUGGGACCAUAACUUUUUUCGAAGGCCUCGAGGACAACUUUUGAGCCCAGAUUUGAAUCCAGCGUAAAAAGUACAAAUAUAUCGCCUAGGCUCAGUCGGAAGUCCCACUGUGGGCUGAGAACGUUCCCUAGUUGGAAACGGUAGUCGGAAAGGAAAGUUGAACUCGACAAAAGAAAAGUUUGAGAAAUAAUAAAAUUUUAAAGUCAACAAAACGAAAAUUGUGAAAAAAAAAUGAUAGAAGAAUAUUGGAAGUUGAAUUCGAUCGAAAAUCUUGCUAAGCCGUUUUUUAAAAAUUAUUAUUAUUUCAGGUCCACCGAAAGCGGAACCAUCCAAACGCCGUCCAUCCCGAUAUUUGCUACAAUGAGCCGGGAAUGGUUAUUUCGAAAAAGUUGAAAAAAAAUGUGAAGUCUUGGAUAUGCAGAGCAAUGACGGGCCGCUGUGUAGAUGCUCAUUGAGCGCGAAAAGCCGAGGAAUGCGCCACGGGAUUUAUCCGGGCGAAGAGCGGGUCGAAAGUUGUGAUCCCAAUUCGAGGUUUGAAGGGAAAAAAUAGAUAUUCUGGUAAAACUUUCAAAAAAAAAAAAAGCUGAAAAGUUGAAUAUUUACAGAGCUUUCGAAAUUUUCAGGUUUUUUUUUGAAAAUUGAAGCUCUAUGCGUUUCUAGUAUUUCAGCGCUUUCUACAAAAUAUCUGUAUUCUGUUUAAAAGUCUCGCUAGUUUAAAAAAAACUGAGGCGAAUUUAAGAUGGUCUCGAAGCAAAGAGCCAUUUAUACUGUUUUUUUUGAAGCAUUUAUCCGUUAUUUCAAGCACUUUUAGUGAUGUCUUAAUCCUUCAUAGCGUUGUUUUGAACAAUUAUAGUGUCAUUUUAAGCCUUUAUGGUGUAAUUAAGACUUAUAUGUUCAUUCAAGCAUUUCUAGCGUUAUUUCAAGCCUUCUUUUAGUGAUUCUAAGCAUUUUUGGCGUCAGUUUGAAAAUGAAGUUUUUCAGCAAUGGCCUCCGACUUUUCCACUAUUACUUGAAAAUAACGCCCUUCCCGUCGGAUAAUCAAAUUUCGAGAACUCUGAUCAUGGCCAAUGGGGAAGAAUAUCGAUUCGAAGGCUUUUCGGUUGGUGAAAAAAUAAAAUAAAUGUAAUGAAGUUCACGAAAUUCAGAUUUUGUCCCAUAAAAAGCUACCGCAAUACUUCCCAAGGAUGCCCGCUUCGAGAUGGUCGACUGAAUAUGAGUUCACGGUUAUUGAGGAACCGAUCCCAUUGGAGGUUUUUUUAUGGGUUUUAUUCAUGAGAUUCUGAGCUCUCUGAAAGAACAAAAAAACGAGAAGAAAAGCUCUUCAAGGGAAUUAUAAGCACUAAAAAUGAGCCACAUAAGCUUCAAAGUUAAUCUGAAAAAUAUGGUUGAAUGAGUAGAUAUAUUCGAUAUUUUCCAGUGCUUCACGGUCGGCUCUCUGGACAUGCUCUACGACAUAAUCUUCAACGAAGUCUUCGAAUUGGCCGAUGUCCAUAUCAGGGCGAAAGGCGUCAACGACGGAUGCCAGUUGCUGCAUUUCAUGCCCCGAUUCGUCUUUGAUCGAGGUUCAUCCAUUUUUCAUAUCACUUUGGGGUCUUUAGAACCUCAUUUUUGACAAUUUGAAAAAAUCGAUGAAAAAGCGAGAUUUUUGCAGAUGGGAUGGUGAAGCUGCUCUCGACCAGGGCAGUCAUGGCCCACAUCUUGUCGCGUUUCUCGACGUUCCUCUGCGACCAAAACUCUUCCACUCGUCUCCUCAACCUCAGCGACGACGAGUUCAACCGCGCAGCGAACCGUCUCAAACAGAAUAUUGUUGUUCGAACCGACAAGGUCCUGAAAAUCUUUUUUUUUCCUCAUCGGUUCCAUUCCUAUCGCAUUGCUAUUUCUGAAGAAAAAGUCAUCCAGUAUCCUGGGAAACUCUGAAAAUCGUACCGGAAAACUGGGGCUUCAUUUUGAUAAGCCAAGCUUUUCUACGCUUUUGUGAGCUUCUCGGCCGUUUUUUCUCCUCAUUUUGGGUUUUGGUGUCUCUUUUUUCGAUGUUUUUAAUCGAAUUGUUACAGAAAGUUUGAAAGAAACCUUGUGAUUCGAAAAGAAAAAAAAAUGGGAGUUUGGUAUUAAAUAAGCGGUUUACCACUAGAACAUCACGAAAUAUUGAGAAACUUGUGAAAAUUUAUUAUUUUUCUUUUUUAGAAGCCCUCGGCGAUCCGUGUCGAUGACUUGGUUCGGGUGCCCGGCAGCGGCAUUUUCAUCGUCCAUAAUACGAUCAAGUGGGUUUUCUAGGGGUUUUUACAACAUUUUCGAGCAGUUUUGAAGCAUAUUCGGUUUGAAAAUCUUGAUAUUUAUCGAGUUUUUUUUAUUCGCGAAAUUGGAACCUGAUGAAGGUGGGAACAUUAAAAAAGUGGAUUCUGCAAGUUGAAAUUAUAAGAAGCAAGAAAAGUUAUAUUUCCGGGAAUGAUCUAAAAAGUUGAUUUUCCAAGUUGAAAAUCGAAGAAGUUUUAUUUCCAAAAGAAAUCAAGAAAUUUUAGGGUUUUGGGACAUUUUAGGCAAAUUUUUGCUCAUAAUAUUGAGAAAAUCUUGAAAAUUCGAUCAGAAAUAAUUAAUUUCAAUAUAAAUCUUCGUUCAGAGUGUGGUCCUCAGAAAAGUCAAUUUUCCAGGGUUUUCAGGACAUUUUUGGCAUGUUUUUACUCAUAAGUUUCGAUAAAAUAACCUGAAAUUUUUUUAAACCUAUUAAAAUAAAAAUGAGUUUAUACAGACCCCAAGUGUACUCGUCGGCUUUCAACCCUCGAUUGCAGUAUUUGGAGCGAAGACACAACAAAAUGAAGCAUUUGGCAACUAUGAAUAGAGAAGCGAGCUUCGAUGUGGGUAUUUUGACAGGAAUACUCAUGAAAAUUGAAGAAAAGAAUAGAAAAAAAACUUUUUUUUAGGUGGAAAUCGAAAAGUUGCGGCAGGAGAUUGCUGCGAUUCGAUCUGACGGGUUCGCUUUUUUUUUAAUUCUAGGCUUUGAACAUGGUUUUCAGGCUUAUUGGAAUAAUAUCAAAGCGUGAAAAUUAGAUAUGUUGGGAAAAACAAGGUUCUGUGAAAAAAAUCAUUAGAGGCGUGUUAGAAAAAUCAGCAAUAUUCUUUAAUUUUUGAAUUUGAAAAAGUUUACUUUCUUUUUUUGUUACUUCAUGAGAAUUAUAAAAAAAUAAGGAAUAUUUUUUUAUUUUUAUUAUACAUUUUAAUUUUUUUCUUAGGCUUUUUGAAAAAAAGUACAGUUUUUUGAAAAGGAAAAUUUUUUUCCGGAAAGAUCAAGAAAAAUCAUUGGAAAAAUUUGCAGCCGAGGAAACCGAGCCACCCAAGUGCGGGUUCCGGUGGAAGGGUACCGGUUGACCGGAUUGUUCCCGGAUAGUAUCGCCCACGUUCUGAUGUCCGUCCUGGCCAUUCAUCAUAUCCGAUAUCAGAUGUCCUUGUCGGUUAGUGAGAACAAAUGUCUUCGAUGAAAGAAUUGAGAAAAAAAUCAGACAUUUCCAGAUCCCAAAGUUAUUUUUAAGUGUUUCUAUUCAAAACAGGGACCAAAUCAUAAUUUUCGCAUUUUCAAAGUUAUUUUUUUACCUGGCUCAAUAAUUAUUGUUUUCAGCAGUUCUAUAUUUAAUCUCAAAAAAGACUAUCAUUGAUUACCUUACAGACCCUGGAAACACACAUCGGCUUCCAGUUCAAAAAUAGAGCCUUGCUGGAACUUUCCAUGACCCAUCCGUCCUUCAAGAGCAACUAUGGGACCAAUUCGGACCAUGCCAAGAACUUGCUCAGCAAUUGUGCCUACAGAAGAAGAUAUAUUGUAGAGGACCGAAGGGACAAAAAGAAAGGUGAGCAAAUGCAAAAAUAAUGCUUCCUUAUUUCCAAGGGCCAAAGGGCCUACUAAAUCACUUGUUAUCUAUUAAUUUAUCUUUUUAGCUGUUUUUUGUGCAUUUUUUAAAGUUGGCUCUUUUUUUCGAACUUUCCCCAGUAUCUUUUUUCAAAAACUCAAUUUUUUCUCAGGAAUCCACAACCUCCUGACGAUCAUGUCGAAUCCAAAGUACAACUCGACGCCGAUCGCUCAUAACGAAAGACUGGAAUAUCUUGGCGAUGCUGUUGUCGAAAUGGUAAAUUAGUUUGGACGGUAUCAGUUGGAAUUUACGGCCCGUAAAUGUGUUCAAGGAGGGUAAUUUCCGAGCUAACGCUGUUAUUUAAAUCUUUCAACGGAUAAUGUAGACGUUCCUUAAAAAUAUUAGGUGUUUCUAGGAAAUAAUUCAAAUGAAAAUAUCAAAUUUUUUCAAAGAUUUAUCCGACUGAUAAAAUCAGAGUUCCUUAUCACGUUUUCCGGAUUUUUCUCUACUGGAUAAAUCAGUUUUCUUUGAAAAAUUUCCAACUGACAAAAUUAGGGUUCCUAUGAAAAAUUCAAAACUUUUCCAAACGGGGUAAAAUUGUGAACACGCAGUCUCAGGCAGUUCUAAACUUGAAGUUGAAUAUUGAUUUUCAGGUGGUCACGAAUCGUCUCUUUUUCAUGUUGCCCCAUCACAAUGAAGGUGGUCUGGCGACGUAUCGAAGCUCCCUUGUUCAGAAUCGAAAUUUGGCGUCGUUGUCUAAGGUUUAGAUGACCAUCUUUCUCAAAGAAAUGGUUCCUGUAGUGAAAUUCCGUUUUCAAAGCUUCAUUUUGCGAGUUUAAUGGGCGCAAAUCGCGCAAUAUGUUAUGUACGGUGCAGCUAAUGGACGGGUGGCUCGAGUCAUCUAGAAAUGGGCCCUGACACGUUAAAAAAAAGAAUUGCCUGGCUGGUGGAGAGAACAGACUGGCCACGGCUUCUAAGUGUCCAAAGAUAAUCGUAAAUCGGCUAAUAUGAAAAUAGAAAAUCGAGUUAUUUAUGGAGGCGAUCCAACUACGAAGUAAAGCCGAAAUUGCAUCAAAUAUAUAUAUUUUUCUGCUGAAAUGACGUAAGGAAGAUUCAAAUUUGUAGCUUUUUGCAGAGGAGAUCGAUAAUUUUGCAAUUUCGACGCUUAUUUCAACUUUUUGAAGGAGCUCCGACUGGACGAAUGGAUCCAGUUCGCACACGGCUCGGAUCUCUGCCACGAGGCCGAUUUCCGUCACGCCCUGGCCAACGCUUUCGAAGCGAUCAUGGCCGCCGUCUACCUCGAUGGGACCUUGGACGAUUGUGAUCGAAUCUUCACCAUGGCCAUGUUCGGUCACGACCCGACGCUCAAAGACAUCUGGGUCGACAUCGCUGAGCACGAGCUCAAGGUCGGGAACAUUUCCGAAGUUUUAGAGAAAACGAGAAUGAUUCUAGCAAGUAGUUCAUUCACCUUAACUUUUGCAGGAUUUUUUCAAGAUUUUUCACUUUUUUGGAAAAUUUUAUGGGAAGUCCUAGGAAAAUUAAAAAGGAUCGAACGGCUGAAAAAGAACCGAAUUUUAGUAAAUAAAAAAAGAAAAAAAACUUGUAGAAAAUCUCGGAAGGAAAUCCGGAAGAAACUUACAUUUUUUUAUUUUUUUCGAAUAUUUCAAAAAUGACUUCCUCAGGAAAAAAAUUGGAAAGAUAUUGGUUACUGAAAAUUUUACUCCACUUUCCUUUUUUUUUCAUCUUCGAAAGUGAAAGAAGCAUCAGAAAUGAAGAAAAGCCGUGAAAAAUAAUUUUUCAGGUGGAAAUGCCGGACGGCGACCGCCAGUUGAUCAAGGAGGUGGCUUCUCUGAAAAACCUCCGAGAAUUCGAAAAAAUGAUCGGAAUCAAAUUCAAACACAUCCGACUACUGGCCAAGGCUUUCACCAGAAGAAAUAUCCCUCAUAAUAAUUUGACUAAGUUUCCUUUUUCAAAAAAAGAAAGGUUAUGAAAAGAGAAAUUGAAGAGGAAACAAUCAACGGCUCGAGUGGCUCGGCGACACGGUUUUGCAGUUGGUCGUCUCGGAUUAUUUGUACCGUCAUUUCCCGUUUCAUCACGAAGGUUUAAUUCAGUUUUCAACUUUUUGACGACUUUUUGACAUUAGAUUUUGAACGGUCAAAUACAAUCGAAAUUAUGAACAAAAAUAUUGAAAGAAUUACUAAAACGUGCCCAAGUUGAAGUUUUUCGACUUUUUUGGCUCUUUUUUCUACAUUUUAUUUCUGAAUGAAAAAAAUUGGAUAAAGUUUCGCAUUCAGAGUGGAAAAUUGAAAAAAUUGAAGGUUGAAAGGAAAAUGAAAGUUCAAAAGUUAAGGGAAGUUUCUAUAAAAUGGGAAAAAAAGUAUGAGGCUCCAAAUAGAUUUUUGAAUCGUUGAGAUUUUUUUGUCAAAGAGUAAAUAGUAAUUUAUAAGUUCUGGUUUUUCUAAGAAGAAUUUUCAGAAAAUUUGAAAAAAACGUGAAUUCCUGCAAAAAGUGGCCAUUUGCAUUUGGGAUUAACCUGAAAAUAGCUUUGAGCCCUUUACUUUUCGAAAAUUAGAGAGUUUUGGAGGUUGAAACACCCCGGAUAUAUUUCUGUUAAGGAUUUUAAUUUUAGAAAAAUUCCGAACCGCGAAGUGAAAUGAUCAUCCUUGCCAGAAUCGUGAAAUUUAAAUUUGUCGAUUGAUGAGUUUCGAAACUUGCAGGCCAUCUGUCGCUGCUCCGAAUGAGCAUCGUGAGCAACAAGACGCAGUCCCGGAUCUGCGACGACCUGGGCAUUCCGAAGUUCGUGAUCCGGCCCUCGAAUCCCUCCAAAGACUCGGAACUUCGCGUCAAAGACAAGGCCGAUCUCGUGGAGGCUCUCAUCGGAGCCAUCUUCGUCGACUGCGGAAUGGAGUACUGUCGCACUUUCAUCAGAAUCUGCUUCUUGCCCAGAUUGGAUGUGCGUUUUUUUCACCUAGAAAGAAAUAAAACAAGGAAGAUUCCUUGACCUUGAGAACAAUUUACAGUUUCAAUUUCCCUUGUGAACAUCCCGUGUUCCUAGAAAUAUAAUCACAAACAAGGUAACAGCUCAGACUGAAGAAAACUAGAAAAAUUUCAUCCGAAACUUGAAAAUUUUCCAAAAUUUUCAAAGACAUAAAACGAUUUUGAGAGGCGAAAAAGUGUACAUCCCUUAGAAAACUAGACCCCUAUAGGGGGCACGAUUUUCUCUUUUAGGGGCUGUUUUUUUUACUCUAGCCCCUAUAGGUUCUAUUUGAGCUUUAGGAGAUGGAUCACGCCCUUAACCCCUAUAGAGACCACUAAAGUUUAUUAAUUCUUUCGGAAAGCUGUUUUGAGUGGGUAUUGAGAGGGUAAUGGGCAAGCUCCACUUCAGAAGUUUGCUGUGUAAUUUUUGAAAAUUCUAGAUUAGUUUAUUUUAUUGAUUUCCUUUGAAGAUUUGAUGAGCAAAAAAAUAAUAACCGAAUAUCUCAUUUUUCAAAACGAUUUCAUACCAAAGCUCAAGAAUACCCAAAUAAUUUCCAGCACUUCAUCGAGAGCAACCGAUGGAAUGAUCCGAAAUCGCAGCUGCAGCAAAAAUGCCUUUCUUUGCGCCGUUGUGACUCCAAAGAGCCCGAUAUUCCCGAAUAUCGGACCCUGAAGGUCGAAGGGCCCACCAAUACGAGAACCUACGAAGUCGCUGUCUAUUUCAGGUUUUUUUUUGGUUUAAAAAUAAAGUUGUGAAGAUUUGGGCCUUUUCCACUAAUAUAGUCUGUCCUUCGCUGCUUUUCUCUGCGCCCUCCUCGUCUGUCGACUACCUUUUCACGUUCAUAUUUCUUUUUUAAAUCCGUUUCUGACCUGGCCGGCGAGGGAACAGAGAGGCGCAGACACUUGUAAAAAUUCAAGUCGUGGUGAACGGACCAUGAAGUAUCAAGACUUCAUGACCAGAAGUUUUUCAGGAAUAAACGUUUGGCCGUCGGCGCCGGUGGGAAUAUCCACGCCGCUCAGAUGAACGCCGCCGAAAAAGCUCUCGAAAACAUGAAACAUAUGUUUCCAGCCUUCAACAAGCCCUCCAGAAAGGUAAUAUAUUAGAAAAGAUUUCUGUUGGGAAAUCGUUUUAUUUUUUUUCACAUCCAUUCCAAAUGCGACCAGGAAAGUUUUCUUCCGACUCUGAUUGUGAUCCUUUUGCGUUUUUUUUUUCAGAGAUACCGUUCAAAAUUUCUUUCUUUUGCUUGCUUCGAACUGCUUUUCGUUUUGAAGUUCUGUACUCCGUUUUUGGCGACUCGAAACUGCUUUUUUUCUCUGCGCCCUCCUCGUCUCUCGACGACCCUCUCAUGUUGCCUUGCUAUUUCCCUGUUUGACUUACCAAGUCGUUGGAAGAACAGAGAGACGCAGACGUUCGAAUACAGUCAAGUUGCGACGAACUGACUAUACUUACCAAUUGAAACGAAAAACCUAUAAAAUUAUCACUUCAGGAGCGUUCCGAGAGGUCCGAGAAGCCAGAGCGAUUAGAAAGGUCGGAGAGAUCAGAGCGAUCUGAGAGAUUUGAGAGAUGCAGCCGGAAGCGAGAUCCGCCGACGCCGAGCCCUCUGAUGGCGCCCCCUCCCUCGAAACGCUACUACCAGAUGACGUCGACUCCGCCGCUUCCACCACCUCCGACGCCGCCGCAACUCAUGUCCCUGAUGCAGACGAACAUCCCACCGCCUCAGUUCUACAUGUAUCCCCCGCCUCAGAUGCUCUACCCGACCCCUCUCAUGUCCAUUCCCAUGCCGCUGAUGCCGCCACCGCCACCCCCGCCGAUCAUUCCCACCAGGCGCUAUUGA